GCGAGCGCCAAAGAUAUGGGUGAGAAGGAAGAGAAGGGAGAGGAGAAGCAGAAGAAGGGAGAUGGGGAGAAGAAGGAAGGAGGAGGAGGCGGCGGCGCCGGUGGCGGAGCAGGAGGAAAGAAAGAGGAGGGUCCGCCGGCGGUGGUGCUGAAGGUGGAUAUGCAUUGCGAGGGCUGCGCCAAGAAGAUCAAACGCUCGGUCAGAAGAUUAGAAGGAGUGGAAGGCGUGAAGGCGGACACGGCGAGCAAUAAGCUCACGGUGCUCGGAAAAGCUGACCCCUGGAAGGUCAAAGAGCGGGUGGAGGCCAAAAUCCGCAGGAAGGUCGACAUCAUCUCCCCCGCGAACCCCCCAAAGAAGGACGCCGCCGCCGGCGACGUCAAGAAGCCUGCCGCCGACGAUGCCAAGAAAUCCGACGACAACAAACCCAAAGCGCCGCCUGCGGUCUCCACCGUGGUGCUCAAGAUUCGCCUCCACUGCGAAGGCUGCAUGCAGAGAAUCAGGAAGACCAUUCUCAAAAUCAAAGGGGUGGAGCACGUCAGCAUCGACGCGCCCAAGGAUCUGGUUACCGUCAAGGGCACGAUGGACGCGAACAGCCUCCCGGCGAUCCUCAAAGAAAAGCUGAAGCGAACCAUUGAGAUCGUCCAGCCUAAGAAGGACGGCGGCGGCGGCGGCGGAGGCGGAGGCGACAAGAAGGAGAAGGGUGGCGACGGCGGGGGCGAGAAGAAGGAGAAGGGAGGCGACGGCGGCCGGGGCGGCGAGAAGAAGGAGAAGGGCGGCGACGGCGAGAAGAAGGAGAAGGGCGGCGACGGUGGAGAGAAAAAGGAUGGAGGGAAGAAGGACGACGGAGCGAAGCCCGCACCGCCACCGGCGCCGACGGUGGCGGCGCUAGUGGCGCCGGCGCCGGUAUCUGAGGUGAAUAUGAUGAACUACUACGAGCCGUACGGUUACCGCAUGGAGAUGAUGGCGACCGCACCGCAGCUCUUCAGCGACGAGAACCCCAACGCCUGCUCCAUAAUGUGAUGUUCCACGGUGCAUCCUACCGCUUGCUAGUGUUAAUAAUCGAGAAAAAUGUAAAUGAAUAUAUAAAAAAAGGAGGAUAAGGGCGAUAGAUAACUGAGCUGGGAGAGGAGCGGAGAAAAUAGCUUUUGGGCUUUUGCUAGUGGGUUUAAUUCGAUUUUGUUUGUUGGUUAAUCUCUUUAAUCUGGCUGUUUAUGAUAUCAAAUCAAUCGGUUAUUAA